AUGGCUUCAGACGAUAAUUGGAGAACUUCGGCGUUCAGGCAGAGUGUGGUGUCCAAAAUUGAGGAGGUGAUCCAGCGUUCCGGAGUUCAAGUAGCGCGGAACAGCAGUGAGAUGGAGAACCACGUCUUUCUAAAAGCUAAAACUCGGGAAGAAUACAUGAACAUGGUUGCUAAACUUAUUUUGCAUGUGAGGGAACUUUCACAAUCAAAACAAAAUCAAGGCCAGCAGCAAAUGCAAGGCCCCAAUCAAGGUCAAACUGGGCCAAGCCCGCAAGUCCAGGCCCAACAAGGGCAACCCCAACAGGGACCUAACAAUCAGGGUGGCCUCACACCAGAUCCCAUCAAUGCUCUUCAGAAUUUAGCAUCACAAGGGUCCCGAAAUCAAAUGAUGACAAUGGGACCUCAAGGACAGAUGCAGCAGCAAGGUGUGAUGGGCCCUAACCCUGGAAUGGGAGGCAUGCAGGGCCAAAUGGGCCAACAAGGUCCAAUUGUAUCUCAAGGACCUCAGGCACAGACAGCUACUAGUCUACUUCAAACCUUGAAUAGGCCGCAGAUGAACAUGCAGCUGCAGAACAAGUUGGGAGGUCCAAUGGGGAUGGUGAGCAACCAGGGCCAGAUGGGGAAUAACAUGGUUGGUAGCAUGGGAGGUAUGGGUAACCCAAUGGGCAGUCAGCUACAGAACCAACUUGCUGGAGGCAUGCAAGGACAAAUGAUGCCAAAUAUGUCCAUGCCCAAUUCAAUGCAGGUGCCAAUGAGUGGGUCCAACACUAUGGGUCAGAUGCCAUGCAACCAGGUGGGCCAAAUGGGUCAAAUGGCACCAAACAAUAUGCAAGGACAGAUGCAGGGACAAAUGGUAGGUGGCAUGGGUAACAACCAGAUAGUAGGGUUGAAUAUGCUGCACAUGGGUCGCGUGGGAGUGGGCAACAAGCAGGAGGUAGGAGGAAUGAUGGCGGGCAGUUACCAGGGUGCUAGGGCACCUCCUCCAACUCAGUUCCUUCGUCAGAGUCCUUCGCCCUCCGCUCCUUCACCCAGCAUGGGUGGACCCAGUCCUAUGGGUGUGAUGGGCACAACGAUGACGUCACCGAUGUCGUCACUGGGCGGGCUGGGGGCCUGCGGCAGUGUCGGCAGCCCGUCCCCGUCCAACCCAACGCAUCUGCAACAUCAUGUGCAACAACCACAAAGGGGCGUCGGUAUGGGUAUGGUAGCGUCGCCCUCUUCGUCCCUGAACACGCCGGUGGGAGCGAGCGUGGCGUCCCCUGGCGGGGAGGAGGCAGCUUAUCGGGAGAAGGUCCGACAACUUUCGAAGUAUAUCGAACCGCUACGUCGCAUGGUGCACCGCAUGGUUAGCGAAGGAGAGAAUGUUGAAAAGCUGACAAAAAUGAAGAACUUAUUGGAUAUUCUGUCCAACCCCAACAAGCGCAUGCCGCUUGAGACUCUCAUCAAGUGUGAGGUCGUGCUGGAGAAACUGGACUUCAAGAGGGGAGAAGGAGUCGUUGUUCCCAGCACUGGGAAGGAACAAAUAUUCAAUCCGUUGUUAGAAGUAGUAAACAACUGCCUACAAUCUCCCCUCGCUAACCACACACUCAAACGCACCUUCGGGUCUGCUCUCGAUGCGCUGAAUGGACCAGAAAUGAGAAAUUUACCGACACCUCAAAAGGUACCAAAAUUAGAAGAGCCUCCCAUGGAGAUUCCAGAUGUUCUACAAGGGGAAAUUGCCAGAUUAGACUCCAGGUUUAAGGUAUCCCUAGAACCAAUGUCGUGGUCAGGCGGUGCAGGAGGAGGCGCCAUAACCCUGGUGGCCGCGCUGGACGAGCCACGCCUGCCCUGUGUCGCUGGAGUCCAUGUCGCCGUCCCGCGGGACUAUCCUGCCAGGCCACCCGUCAGACUAAAGCCAAGGACGGCCAAGAAUUAUGCGCCUGACUCCUUCUUAGCUCGUCUUGAAAAGGCCAUGGACGCUCGAUGUGCCAGGUUACCAAAAAGCUGUUCAGUAGGGCAGCUACUAGACGCGUGGGAGAUGAGUGUGAGACAAGCCUGUGCCCCUACGCCCGUGGCCUACGCCCCGGUCCCAGCGCUGGGCUUGUAA